CUGGAAGAAGCCAGGAGAAAAAGUGCCAUCAAACAGCUGCUUGGAUCCAGCAGAAUCUUUCUGGCCCCGGCAGAGAAGCCCCCUCAGAGGCCAGAUCUUCAGGGCAAGCUCAUCCUUCAGAGCAAAGCUGCAGAACACUACAGGAAGGGAGAAGAGGCGGCGGGGAAGUCCCAGUACGAAAAGGCCAUCGUCUGCUUCCAGAAGGCCGUCGCCCUGCAGCCGGAGCAGGUGCUGGGACACAGAGUCCAUGUUUCUGCCGGGCUCUACGUGAGCCAGGCCGAGGCUUUCCUCCAGCUGUGUGACUUCCAGUCUGCAGCAGCCGCCUACAAACAGGCCUGUGACCUGCAGCCUGGAGUCUUCUGCCCCCGCCUGGCCUUCGUCUACUACCUGCAGGGCCAGUGUUUCCUGGACCAGGGCCUUUUCGACGAGGCUCUGAGGGCCUUCAGCAGAGCUGCCGAGGUGAAGCCCAGCUGCAGAGCUUAUGAGAGCAGGCGCCUGGCCUGCCUGUUGGCCGCUGGCCGGUUGACCGACUGCCUGGAGCUGCUGGACGGCUGCAUCUCCCGGAGCCCCACGGCCGACCUGUACGUGCUCAGAGCACGGCUGCACAAACAGCUGGGUCAGGAUGCGGAGGCGGCUUUGGGGCUGAGCCCGGCGUGUUCAGACGCCGCGGCGCUGCUGCAGCAGCUGCUGGACGCCGGUGAGGACGCCCGGCAGCAGGCUGUGGGCAGAGCGCUGUCAGGCCAGCUGCACCAGGCCCUCUGUUUGAUCAACGUCGCCCUGGAGCUCCGGCCAAAGGACGCACGCCUCUACCUGUUCAGAGGGACUCUGUUCCGGCGUCUCAAAGAGUUCACGGCAGCCAUUGAGGAUCUGAUCCAGACUCUGGAGCUCAGCGAGGAGGACAAAAGCAGCUCUGUCCACCAGGAGGCGCCGUUCCAGCUGGUCCUCACCUACAAUGACUUUGCUGUUCAGUGUUUUGGCAGAGGCCUCUACGAGGAGGCCAUUCGGCUGCUCAACAAGGCCAUCGAGCGCGAGAAGAGCCUGGCAGGCCUGUACCUGAACCGGGGAGACUGCUUCUUCCAGCAGCGCGACUGGUGUUAUGCUCUGGCCGACUACCUGCAGGCUGAGGAGAUGCAGCCCGACGAGCCGGCUGUGCGGCGCCGCCUCGCCGUCACCCACAACACGCUGGGCACCUUCUGUUUCCAGGACGGGCACUUCCAGGACGCAGUGGACGAGUUCUCCCUGGCCAUCCGCUACAACCCGACGGUCAGCCGGUACUACGAGAGCAGGUCCAAGGCCUUCCGCAAGCUGCUGCGCCUGCGGGGGGCCAGAGAGGACUUCAUCUGCAUGCUGAUCCUGGAUCCCAGCAACGAGGAGGUGCCUCCGAUGCUCAUGAAUCUGUUCCCUGGCAGCAGCGUGUCGGAUGUGCUGGACAGCCCCAAAGGACGGGCCAUCAGGGCUAAGCUGACGGACACCAUCCAGACCUGGAGCUCCUCCCAUCCAGAGAGACUCAGCAAGAGUUUCCAAAACAUGUCUGUAACCAACAACAAUGCAGCGAGCCAAUCAGAAGCUGAGAUGGAGCUGAGUUUGUGCGUCAACCUGCAGGACGCGCAAAUGAUUACAAAUCACCUCCUGGGAUGGAAAGAAAAGGUUAAAGAGCCAGUGCCAGGCCGAAGUGGGUCACACCCCCCAGAACCGCCCACGUCCAGCAGUCGGUGUUCGGAGGGCCAAACUCAGCAGUGA